AUGUUGAAUAAAAUUGGGAUUAAUCCAUCAAUAAUCAAGACUCAAGGAGAACAAUUUGAAAAGAUGGGCGUUUUAGCAAGAGCUUGUGAUGUGGAAAAGAAAGGUGAGAGCUUCAAGAUUGAGAUUCUCGACAUUUACAUGCUGACUUACUCGAUGCCGGCAGUGAUCGCUGAAAACGUCGAUAUCAAAUCAUUAUGGUUAUGCAUGGAGCAUUCUCUGUUCAUCGCCUACACAUCCAAAGAAACAAAUCCGAGUGAGGAAACGAAGAAAAAGGUUAUGGCCUUGUGGAAUAAAGAGAAAUCACUGGCGAUACCAAAACUGAACGCUGAGCCAUCAAAAGAUGAAAAACAAAAGACUGAAUCAUCAAAAAAUCUUGAAACAAGAAAAGCUGGGAAUUCGCGAAAAAGUGAAGAACAUUACGAAUUUUUAGAGAGAAGUAAAGUGAAGCUCGAGGAAGUCAAGUCCAUUUUCUGGACUCGCUACUACUUUUGGGACAUUUACAAUCACCAUUUCGGUGGUAGCAUUUCUUUUUUGGCUCGAAAACUUUUCAAAAGUGAUAUCAUUUUGUCGGAAUGGUUUGAAUUGUUGGAUGAACGAGUGAAUAUUCUUUCUGAAUACCUUCUUAAAACGAUUCCGAAAGCAUUAAAAGAGAUAAAUGUAUCAAUUGAAAGCAUUAAAGCCGAAGCUCGUGCUUUUGAAGAGUCUAAUAGUCACAUUCCGCAUUGCGAACUGAAAGAAAUCGAUGAAUCUCUGAAAAUCGAGUGCUCGAAUGCGGUGAGUUUAGUGUUCAAUGUUGCGCUUGAGAUCUUCACUCGGCCAGAAAUCAACACAAUUUGGAUUUCGAGUGUAAACGAUAAACUGUACGCCUUCACUGCAAAGAAAAAAGAUCUGAGUGAUGAAGAGAAAGAGAAACUUAUGGAAAUGUGGAAAGAACUACUGAAAAGAGAGGGAAAAGAAGAGAAAAAAGUCGAGACUUUGACUGGGAUCUCCGAGAAGAAAGUGACAGAAGAAACAAAAAAACCAUCGGAGACAGCAAAAGUCGACACGAAAAGCACUGGAACAACAAAAAAAAAUCAACAA